AUGAAGUUCAACGUCGGACUCCUACCUGUCGCCCUCUCAUCCCUGCUUCUCACCUCUUCUGCCUCCUCGGUUGGAGAUGUUUGCUGCAGAGGCGAUGUUACCACCAGCAGCUACCAUCAGAAAAUGCUGGACCAGUACCUGUCCGUCUGGGAUGGUGACUUGUCUCUUGUAAAGUCUACAUUCCAUCCGGAUGUCAAACUGUACUCGGACCGGUUCCCUUCAUCCACCGGAAAUGGUAGCACUCUCACGGAAAUCACCAACCGCGAGCAGUUCGCUGCCUUUGUUGAAAAGUCCCGGGAUGGAUGGAGCAAGUAUACCUUUGAUCCUAUCCGAUGGGUCAGCAGCGGUCACCAAAUUGUUGUUCGGUGGAAGAUGGAAGGUGUUCUUGGGAGUAACUUUACUCUCUUCCCUACACCGCUGGCCGCUGGCUCAUCAGUCACGUACAAUGGUACAGACUUCCUCGUCUUGGAUGAAUGCACCGGCUUAAUUCGGGAGGACUAUAUUGCCCAGGACCUCAUCACCUAUUUCCAUGCCAUGGGCUUGUCGGAAAUCGCUGUUUGA